AUGGCGCUGACUCUGCGUCGCUCCUUUGGCAACGAUAACUCGACGACAGGGUCGGAGAUAUUUGGCCUCGGGAAGUCAGUGACCCUGUUGGUACCAGAGAGCCGGAUAUUUGGCAAAGACAUCGAAGAUCUGUCAGUUCAUGACCUAUCAGUCGGCUUCAAGCUCGAAUACGCCAAAGAGCUGUUGUUCCUGCUUUCCGUAGGGUUCGCCAAACUUUCAGUUUGCUCGAGUCUCCUCGCGUUAUCGCCAGACCGGAACCAUCGCAACAUCACACAUGCCCUGGGUCUCUUCAUCGGACUCUGGAUCGUCACGUCGCUAUUGACUACGGCCUUCCGAUGUGAAACAAUGGAUCCCUGGGACGGCGGCAACCCAAGUCAUGCAUACCUGAAGUACCAAUGCAUCACUGAUAUAAUCACCGAUGCGAUGCUCAUUGUCCUCCCCAUAGGGAUCAUCUUCCCCCUACACAUGCCGUUCAAGACGCGUGCCACUGUGCUCACAUUCUUCUCGUCUCGACUACUGGUUAUUGCGGCAACCGUCUGCCAGCUUGUCUACCUGCCUCGCCUUUUCGAAGAGAACUACACACUCCGAGCAUUCCCAUACUACCUCAGUACGCAAUUGGUCCAGCUUUUUGGUAUAUCUACCGCUUGUGUUAUCUACUUUUGGCCGUUCCUCCGCUCGCUGUCGACCGGCCAGAUGUGGGCGAACAACACGACGUUCCCUUCGAAGUAUGCCUUGUCAAAACUAUCGGUGCCGAAUCGCAGCGGACAACACGUGAGCCCCGGUUCGCCCACGGCUAAGGACAGGAGUCGGCGAGAUUAUAUGAAGAUCACGGCAGAGAACAUCGUCACUUUGACAGUGAGGGCUCCGGGUCCGGAACAGGAUGUCUCGGAGGGGAUGCACAGGUACAAGCAGAGUUGGAAUAAUGUACCCUGA